GAGAAAGAGAGAGAGCGAGCAACUGUGUGACAGAGGGAAACGAGGCAGGCUGCUUAGAGGAGUGAGAGAGCCAAGGACGAAAUAAGGAACACAUUUUACAAGAGCAGGAAGAGGGAGGAUCGCAGACGAGGGACUCCUUCUGUACUGGACACCUGGGACACAGUCACAUUGAUUGUUUUUUUCACUCGUCUUCUAGCUGGAACCAAGUGGAUUGACUAACCAACUGGUGGAUAUUUUUAAAAAUACGCUUCAUCUGUCCUCUUGCUGGUUAAGACCGCUGCAGACUGAGAUUGCUUACUGGUUCUGUGCUUGACUCUCAUUUUAUGAUUCUGCUCUGUGCACAAAGUGCAUCUGUCGGCAACCGGUGUUGAGACAUCUCCCCUCUGUCAAGCAGGAGAGCACGCAGCUACCGUCGGAUCAGACUACAGAGAAGAGAGAGAGAGAGCGAGAGAGAGACAGUGUGUGUAUUUAAGAGUGGGAAAGAGAGCGAGAGGGGCAGUGAGAGAGAGUUAGAUUCAGAGUGUUUUGAGAGCGAGGCAGAUUAAAGCGCAGCCGAAAGACUGGAGUGAAACAGCUUAAAUAGAGAAGUGAACCUAUACGUCCUCUCCCGUUUUCCUCGCCAUCCCUUUUCCUCCUCCUCUCCUCCUCCUCCUCCCAUUUUCCAACAUUCACAGGACUACCAGAGCUACUGCCACCUGCACCUCUUCACGUCUUCUCUUUCCUCUUCUUCCUCUACCUCACCCUUAUCACGUGGUACUAUCCAAUACCAGCCAUUAACGGACACGCUGCUCUCGGUUCAAGCAGUUGUGGAAAUAUUUCCAUUGAUCCAGCAGUGAGAGUCUAAGUGAGCAUCCGCCCAAUACUGAGGCUCCUGACCGUUCGUCAGGAGCUUCCCCAUCAGAGGCAGACCUUCUCCCAGCUGCUGUCCGGCACGCAGAUCCUGCCUUCUCCCCGGGAGGACUGGCCAGCAACACAGUGGUGCGGGCAGCGAAGACAGGAAUCCCACAGUCCCUCCGUUGCCUCUAUCCCAUUGCUAGCUACUUGGCAGCUCCCGCCCCCGUGUCACCAUUCCCUGCCUCAGUGCUAAGGAUUCCAGCUACAUGGGCAAGCGAUUGGAGCAGCAGCCAAUGUACCCUCAGUACACCUACUACUACCCCCACUAUCUCCAGACCAAGCAGCCCUAUGCUCCACCCCCUCAUCCCAUGGCUCCUCCCAGCCCUAGCACCAACAGCUGCAGCCAGGGAGGGGCAGAGCAGCUGAGUAAGACCAACCUGUAUAUCCGAGGCCUGCCACCUGGGACCACCGACCAGGACCUCAUCAAACUCUGCCAACCGUAUGGAAAAAUAGUGUCAACCAAGGCCAUUCUGGAUAAGAACACCAACCAGUGCAAAGGCUAUGGCUUUGUGGAUUUUGACAGCCCAGCUGCAGCACAGAAGGCCGUGUCGUCUCUCAAAGCCACCGGGGUGCAGGCCCAAAUGGCCAAGCAACAGGAGCAGGACCCCACCAACCUGUACAUCUCCAACCUGCCGGUGUCUAUGGAUGAGCAGGAGCUGGAGAACAUGCUGAAGCCCCUAGGUCACGUCAUCUCCACAAGGAUACUGAGGGAUGCCAAUGGGGUCAGCAGAGGAGUCGGCUUCGCCAGAAUGGAGUCCACAGAGAAAUGUGAAGUAGUGAUACAGCACUUCAAUGGAAAAUACCUGAAAACCCCGCCAGGCAUUCCAGCUCCCACGGAGCCUUUGCUGUGCAAAUUUGCCGACGGAGGGCAGAAGAAACGUCAGAGUCAGAGCAAGUACCCUCAGAACGGGAGGCCGUGGCACAGAGAAGGCGAGACUGGCAUGGCGUUAACAUAUGAUCCUGCUGCAAUGCAGAAUGGGUUCUACUCUUCGCCUUACAGCAUCGCCACCAACCGCAUGAUUGCACAGACCUCCAUCACGCCCUUCAUCGCUGCUUCCCCAGUUUCCACAUAUCAGGUCCAGAGUACGUCAUGGAUGCCUCAUCAACAAUAUGUUAUGCAACCUGCAGGUGCAGUGAUCACGCCAGCUAUGGACCACACUAUGUCCAUGCAGCCUGCCAGCAUGAUGGGCCCUAUCACCCAGCAGAUGAACCAUCUGUCCCUGGGCACUACAGGAAGUUACAUGACUGCUGCAGCCGCCGCGGCGCCUAUGCAAGGGACCUACAUUCCCCAGUACACUCCUGUGCCUCCAACAGCCGUCCCUGUCGAAGGAGUGGUGACGGACGCCUCCCCCCAGACAGUGGCUCCCUCGUCACAGGAGGUGGCUGGCCAGCAGCAACAGAUCCAGGUGGACAGUGCUGCCGACCAUGUUCCUGCUUACUCAUACCAGUCCAAAUAGCAACGGCCUGAGCGAAUGUUCCUGUGACAGCGUUGCCUUGAGACAGAAGGUGGCUGCACUGUGAAUGUGAGGAAAAGAGAAAAGAAAUAGAUUGCUUCCAGAUUGCCCAGGCACCAAAAAAGAGACACUUUUUUCAUUUCCUACCUGGCCUACGAGAAAAAAAACUACAAGAAGGAGGUAAAGAGUGCUGAGAAAGGGGAUGGGAAAAUUGCUGGGCACAGUGCAAAGAAGUGAAAUUGUUUAGUCUGGGAACCUGCCUGAAUGGGUGGGGUGAAGCUUGAAAAGUUUCUCAAAGAAAAAUCUCAACCAAUAAAAAAAAACAAAAAAAAACAAAUAAAAAAUGACCAAAAAAAGGUUGAAUGCGCAGGUAGGUGAUGAAGUUUAUUUUGUAAUUAGAAAAGGGGAGUCAAGUUUGAGAUACACACAGAGAUUGUCUUCCUCAGAUAUUAAGCUACAAUUUCUUUUCACUCUUUUUUAUGUUCUAGUGUUAAAUUUUAGUUUUCUAGAUAUAUUCGAAAAGUGUUUUUUCUUUCUUGAAUCUUCAUGGCCUUAAUUUGAAGGGCGCCAGAAACUUUUUACAGAGUUGGAGUCUGACGUCUGGUUAGGAGAAAAAAAUGCUAACAAAAUCAGUUUCUUGGACCACUUGGAGGGUACAAGACACUGGAUGAGUUGUUCUAAAGAGGAAAAAAAGAAUCUAUCACAUAAGCUGUACAGAUUUAAUAGAGAAGAGCUUUUUUUGUUUCUUCAUUAGAAGAAAACUUUGAUAAUUAUUAUGUCAGAGGUAACUAAGUGUCAGAAGAAAACAAAAUGUCUGUUGGGGAAAAGACUCGAGGGUUGGGUGGUGGGAAGGGGGGGGGAGAAGACGCUUUGAAGAGAUUUUUCACAAUGAGAAAAAAAAUGAAAACAUAAGAAAACAUGCUGCAUUGUGGAUGCAGUCUGUUGCAAAUGCUGAACUUGUUUUUUAUUAUCAUAAUUAUUAUUUUACAUGGCAAAGUUGCUGUCAAUGACAUUAGUGCUUUUUAUCUGCCACAUUUUACCUUUUUUAUGAGCUUUAAGAUGUUUUUAGCCCGCUUUGCUUGUCACACUGCAAAAAGUAAAAAAAAACAAAAAAAAAGAACAAGAAAAAAAUUUACAAAAUCAACAAAAAAAAAACUACGGAAAAAAUUCUGGCAGUGAAAGAAAAACAGUAGAUUCAGUAGGAGCUUACGGUUUAAACCAAUCAGUGCAAAAGCAAUAGAAGAAAUUGUUGACAAUUUCUGUAGUCUUUCCUAGUUGUGGAUCAAAUGCAGCCCAUGGAUGGCCAUUUUUAUACCAAAGAUGAAGAGACACUCUGAACCAGAGUUUUUUUUUUUUUUUUUUCAUUUUCAUUUUUCAGUUUGAUUUUGUUGUUGUUGUUGAUGUUGUUGAUGAUGAUGUUAAUGUUGAUAUUGCUGUUGUUGAUGUUGCUGUUGUCGUUGUUUUUUAUUUGACCUUGAUGGCCGGACCAGUCCUAACUAUCCUUCUUAACAUCUUCUUUUCACUGGGUUUAAGCUAGUUUUCCAUGGUUGUCCAAGUUGUUACACAUCUAAAAACACACACACACACGUACUCAUAUCUAAACAUGAACACACUUACUGUAUAAACUCAUCCACACACAUCAAACAGUAUUUAACAUGUGAUGCAACCAGUGGCUGUUCUUUUUCUUCUCCUCCUGUUCUUGUCUUUUCAUUUCUUUAUCUGUUUUGUCACUUUUAUGAUGCUUUCACAUGCCGUGGGUGCAUUCAACUUCUCUCUCUCUGUCUCUCUCUCUCUCUCUCGGACCCUGGAAACUUCUGUCGUCGGUCUCUUUGUCUCUUCAAUUCAACCAUAACUAACUCAACCAUUUCUCACCACACUGAGUUUCAAUGUUGAACUGGGAACCUAUAUGCUGCUGUUUGACCUCAUGUUAAUCUCUGUCAUGUAGAUAUCCCCAAACCUAGGUCCCUUUUUUGAGUAUUUCCCUGCCCAGAAUCCCAGAUGAGUGGUGUUUGCUGCAUAUUGUACACCAGGUAAGUUGUUACACCUGAAGUGUGCAGAUAUUUAGCAAUGAUUGCAUAAACUUUAUGGCGCUAAAUAGUACUGACUUGACCUAUUUGUCAUUUUUCGGAAAUAAGAUUAUUCGAUUUCUUCCUGAGAGUUAAAUGUGAAGAUCUAUUUCACUGUCUUCUGGUAAAUAUGAAGCUACCGCCAACAGCUAUUUAGCUUAGCUUAGCACAAAGUAACUAAAUCUGGCCACCAGCACCUCUUAAAGCCAACUCAUUUGUUUACUCCGAUCCAAAAACCAAGUGUAAUCAAGUUUUACAGUGAGUUAAGUGCAGAACUAAUUUCAUUAGUAAUCUACUGGAGUACAACUGGGAUUGGCUUCAGCCCACCCGCAACCCUGUACACGGGAUUUGCGGUUGACGAUGGACGGAUGGAUGUACUGGAGACUUGUCAUCACUGUGAGGUUGACAAGAAAUUACUGUGAAGAAAUGUUGCACAGUUUUUUAGAAAUACACGUGAGCAGAAGCAAAAUUGACUCUUCUGUAACUAAUCUGUAAACCAGGGAACAUUGCUUUGUAAGGUCAGCACACCUGUGGGAACCAACUAGGCUCCUCAACAACCAUAACAGGAUGUUGAUGGCAGCUUCUUCCUCGACCCCGCUACUGAGGGUCAGUUACACCCCUGGUUGUCCCAAUUUGUUGCACAAACAACCCUGUCUCAUCUUAUCCUGUCUUUCCAUCCCAGAGCUGUGUGCCUGUGGGACAGCGACCAUUUCUGCCCCCAUUACAGCAGCCUUUGUGUGUCAGGAGCGGUGUGUGUCCGCUCUUUUCGCCCAUGUCCGCCCGCGCCGCCCCACUGUGGUGCUACAGCACUAAAAAGACCCCGUUUUUCCCUGCUUCACUGGCACCAUUAAUGUGCCAUGGCCAAGCCAGCCUCCUUUUGCUCUCAUUUUCCCUCAUUCUCUCCCUCUUCCCCGUGUCUUGCGCUCUCUCUGAGGUUUCUUCUCUUUAUUGGAUGGUGCAAAAGCAGAACCACAAACCAAUUUCAGUCACUCUCGCAAUGAGGCUUGACGGGCCCAAUUUGUCUCCCUCUGGGGCAAUAGGAUCCACUCCAGUGUCCCUCAAAAGACCCUUUUCUUCCAGGCAGAGAGGGAGCUUUUUGUUUGGUGACAAAUGCAAUUUAGCUCUUGCUGUUCAUGUGACUCAUUGAAAUCUAAGUCCAGCGCUGCAUUUUGGGACAUGAUGGCAUGUUUUGCACAUUACAGGCAAGCUAUGUCAUCAUGCGUGGCAAUGUUUUUAACUAACAAUCAAAUAGUACAUCGAGUGCCUUUUAAUGAAGCUUCCAAAUGAUUCCAAAUUAUCUGUGUGAUAGUUUCCACACACAAAAAAAGCAAAGCACAUGGAAGAACUUGUUUGAUUCAGUUGUGCUAAAGAAAUGCUACAAUAUCGAAGUCACUCUAUGGUGCUAAAGAGGAAGCAGUCUCGGGCUCGGGCCUUCCUUGUGUUCACAGAUCUCUGUGACAAGCUGGCCACUGUUGAUCAUUUGGCCAUGAACUCACUCUUAACAGGCCACCUGUCCACUUGACGACACACAAAAGGAACAGGCACACAGGUUCCUGAAGUGAACUUCACAGUUAAAGCCAUAAGUACAUUUUCUUUUUUCUCAGUCACAAUGUAAAUAUAACUGCUGUAAAAAUUUUUUUACUCUAUCCACCAAUGGAGGUCAAAAGCCAAAUCUGUAUUUCAAACUCUCUCAAUGACCGUUCAGCUGUUUAUUGUCCAAUCAAAUCAACACCUGCCCUUUUGCUUUCAUCUGAUCUGCCACUCAACAUCUGCUUUCAUCUGCUAUGAUUUGCUCUUAUCUCCCAAUGAACUAGUCCCUUCCACUUUACAGUCUUUAACAGCUAAUAACUGACAAUUGUUGGGUUUUAGAGCUCCCCGGACUUUCUGUAUGUCAUUGUUGCAUGAACUCGCUGUAUUCCAUUUCUGAGUGAUUUUAAGUGUCCUAAUUAAAGAACACAGCUGCUGAACUAUAACUUCACCAGUUUUAAGCUAGUGUGUGUGUGUGUGUGUGUGUGUGUGUGUGUGUGUGUGUGUGUGUGUGCAUGUAAAGAGUUGUACUAAACAAAAGUUCAACUUUUAGCGAGGUUAUGAAUACAGCAUAGCUAUGUUCUCUAGACUUUUACAGCUGCUGUUUUAUAAAGUACAGAAGACAUUUUUGAAGCUUAAUAGGACUCAUAAUGCAGGAGUUGCACAUAGCAGAGCGUCCUACAAAUGGACUGAGAUUCAAUAGUAAUGACAUUAUGUGAAAUAGGAUUACAGAUAGCCAAGAGAUGAUGGAAAAACUGCACAACAAAUAAUAUAAGCUUAAAGUUUGCUAAUGGAGAUUCAAGAAAGAAAAUGAUGUUAAGGCAGGUGUUGCUGGUGUACCAUACAGAUAUUUCACAGAUGUGAAAGAUUACCCAACUGAACAAACAGAAAUGGCUUUUUCUUAAUAGCACAAUGGCAUAAUGUACCUUUUCAGAAUACCAAUACCCUUGUGGGAGUGUACAGAAGGCAUGCCUGCAAUUUUAAGGAGGCUGGAGCAGAAACGCUCUGCUCCUAGUCAGCCCAUGUGUCAGCACAAACCAGGAGCCAGCUAUUCCAAGAGAGUGUGUGUGUGUGUGUGUGUGUGUGUGUGCGUGUGUGUUUGUGUGUGUGUGUGUGAGAAAGAAAGAGAAGGAGGAUCAUUAGCUCAUGUUGCUGGGCAGAAGUUUGCCUGGAGUUUGUCUGUUUUCAUGCAGCACAGGGCUCCAGGAGGCGACCAGCUUGACCCAUCACUAAUUAGCACCACGUCUCCUCCACCUCUUCCAUUUGUAUUUGACAUACCUUACCACCCUUUGCCAUCUGUCCAUUUGCAUCGGUUGCAUUCUUUCACUUCCCCUUCUUCAAGUCCACACCAGCAUCCUUUUUUCAGUUUUAGGGAAAAAAACAUAUAAAGUCAAAGCCUCCAGUCCGCUGCUCUCUCUCAUCGUCUUUGGCCACUCUCGGGUGAGAUCCAAAGAUCCAGGGGUCCGUUUCAUCAAAUUUGCAACAUUGCAAGCUGUGAUAUGCAACAUGACAUCAUGUGUUAAUUUUGACACCUUUCACUUAUUAAAAAAACACCAUACUUGCGACCCAUGUCGGAGCAUGCGAGAGCCCUCUAGGACUCACAAAAAUUGCGAGCAAUGAUCAUUUGUGAAAUGUGAUGCUGCCACCAUUUGCAAUCUGUGUCCAAGCACUGCUCGCAAAUAGCUUUUGUGAAACGGGCUCAAGGAUCAUAAGCCAAGUUGCCAUCAUCGCAUUCAAUAUUUUCUAUUGGAGGUGUGAUGUCCUGGUUGGCAUUUCAUAUUGCUUAGUAAACCUGGGCUCUACUGGUGUUCUAUCACCCUCAAAGGUUUGCCUGCUGAAGUGUCAGGCUGAUAUUGUUUGCUGCCGUAGCGCCAAAAAGUUUAUGCAGUCAUCUAUUAAGUAUUGAACAUUUUGUGAAGUAUAUUUGUGUGAACCAUUUAUCUGACAAUAUCGAAAUGACCACAAUGCAGUAAAUGUCACUCAUCUGGUGUAAUCAGAUUGAUUGAUUUCAAACCUACUACAUGCAGGAAGAAUGAAGAAUACUGUACAUUUAGAGGGGAAAUGCAGCAUUUCAUUCCCAUUCAAUCCUCUUUGGAUAACACGCACACAUUCUGUACAAGGUAAAGAUGUUAUUCUUUGAGCGUCUCUGAGAUACCUGAUAAAUACAGAUCUUGAGACUUAACCUACAUCCAGGUUUUCUACAGUGUCACAGUUUUUCAAGGCGAGGUGCUUACUUCCCUGCCGUUAAAAAAAAAAAAAAAAGUGUUUUCUCAAUCCAUCCCUAACUCACCGUAUCUCCCAAUCACUGCCACCAUCCCUAAAUCUGACAAAAUCCAGAAAGUCAUUCAUGUAGUGUGACUUCACCCACUGUGACAAGAGUAAACUCAUUAGAUAUAUUAGAUGUCAUACACAGUCGUGAGGAUUCAUCCUUGUGAACAGAUUUGAAGCCAUUCCACAUUGAUUCUCGUGUGUUAGGAAAACAGUAGUUCAGAGUUACUGUCAGAGCCUGUCUCCUACAGAGUGUAAAGAAGAACCGUGGCUCAAUAACUCAUCACAGACAAGCACAUACUCACACACACUCUCCACACAUAUAAUGCAGUGGGAAAAUUGCUCAAACUACCCCCCACAAGAGCGAGGCCCUGUGCUUUUUAAUUGAUGCUUUGGUCCACCUUUGAUGAGAGCUAUUGAUUGGCCACACAACCCCAGGAGCGCAGCAAGCCAGCACACCCCUCAUGGAGUUCAAGCAGCUCCCUGAUAAAAUACAAAAUCCAACAAUCACUAGGAAAUGGCCGACCAAAUUGUUUAGAGAUAGCCAGCACUGAAAGUGCGUUAGGCAUGGGAUUAAUUUACCUAUCAAUUUAAAAAGAGGAACUAUUUAUUUGGACAGCAGAGCGGUUUUUUAUUAGUUUUUUUGUUAGUAUUCUCUUUUUGUUGUUUUUCACUUUUCUUUGUUUAAGCGCCGAGGAGGACAUGGUCACGCCUCACACACGCUGCUCAGUGUGUGUGAUCUUUGAGAAACUAUCUGUACAUCUGUGGAUGUUAGGAUUUGACUUGGGUUUUAUGAGUUGUUGUUUUCUUUCUCUCUGAUGAAGCUUUCAAUAAAAAAAUUUGGAAAAAAGCA